ACACUGUUGGCAUUUUAUCUCUUCGUGUUGAGUUUUUGCAAACUCAAAAUUUUGAAAAUAGAAUUUUAAUAUCGAACAGCUUGAAUUUAGAUAUGAUACACAGCCUAUUUAUUGUAAACAACAGCGGCGAUGUUUUCCUCGAAAAGCAUUGGCGUUCGGUCGUAUCGCGUUCUGUGUGUGACUACUUCCUGGAUGCCCAACGUAAUGCGCCAUUUGAUGUUCCUCCGGUAAUUGCAACACCUCACUACUACCUCAUCACAGUGCAACGCAACGGCAUAUCGCUGGUGGCUGCAUGCAAGCAAGAAGUGCCACCUCUAUUCGUUAUCGAAUUUCUGCAUCGCGUAAUGGACACAUUUCAGGAUUACUUUGGUGAUUGCUCAGAAUCGAUUAUCAAAGAAAACUAUGUAGUCGUUUAUGAAUUGCUCGAUGAAAUGCUAGACAAUGGCUUUCCACUUGCAACGGAAAGUAAUAUACUUAAGGAGCUUAUUAAGCCACCAAAUAUUCUGCGUACUAUUGCCAAUACCGUCACAGGGAAAAGCAAUGUCAGCACCACCUUACCAUCGGGCCAGCUAUCCGCUAUACCCUGGCGCCGCAGUGGCGUGCGCUAUAACAACAAUGAGGCUUACUUUGAUGUCAUUGAAGAGGUCGAUGCAAUUAUUGAUAAAUCUGGUUCGACAGUGUUUGCCGAAAUACAGGGUUAUAUCGACUGCUGUUGCAAAUUAUCGGGCAUGCCUGAUCUGACGCUUUCUUUUAUGAACCCUCGCCUGUUCGAUGAUGUUUCAUUCCACCCGUGCGUACGUUUUAAGCGCUGGGAGGCAGAACGCCUACUCUCAUUCAUUCCACCAGAUGGCAAUUUCCGUCUGAUGUCCUAUCACAUUAGCUCACAAUCAGUAGUUGCUAUUCCUAUUUAUAUAAGACAUAAUUUCUCGAUAAAAACCGGUGAGCAAGGACGUUUGGAUUUAACUGUAGGCCCACGCACCACACUCGGCCGUACUGUGGACAAGGUGAAGCUGGAGAUUGCAAUGCCAAAAUGUGUUUUGAAUUGCAUUUUAACGCCCAAUCAAGGCAAAUAUACAUUUGACUCGGUCACUAAAACGCUGUCAUGGGAGGUGGGACGCAUUGAAGUGUCCAAGUUGCCAAAUAUUAGGGGCACCGUGUCAAUCACGCCAGGCAGCACCAACAUCGAUGCCAAUCCUUCUAUUAAUGUGCAAUUUACAAUCUCACAAUUGGCUGUUUCGGGACUGAAAGUUAAUCGUCUUGAUAUGUACGGUGAAAAAUAUAAACCAUUCAAAGGUGUCAAGUAUAUUACUAAGGCGGGCAAAUUUCAAGUGCGCAUGUGAAACAGUCAAUCGAUAGUUUAAUAAAAUGUGUUUUUUUCUUUGUCUAAAAGACACAAUACUGGAAUUUAUUAUUGUAAUUUUAGUUGCUCGUAAAUAAUGGGGCUUAUGUUAACUUCAAGCAUAUUUUGCGGAUUUAGAAGUGCUAUUUUCUAAGUUAUAUGCACUUGUCUUAUUAUUAUGACUAUAAAAGUAAGAUUUCAUUUGUAAAAAUACACAAAAAAAUGUGCGAAUUAUAAAAAAUGUGCAUUGUUCCAUAUUUGUGCAUAAAUGUUGAGAGGCGCUAACACGUUGAUCUGUUCAAAUAAGGCAAC